AUGGAGAAACAAGAAGAGGUAGAAGAAGGGUUUUCAGUACUUCCGCAAGAGAUGAUCUUCCAGAUACUCAAAGAGCUUCCCGUGAAAAGUUUGCUGAGAUUGAGGUGUGUUUCCAAGCUCUGGUGCUCUAUCAUUGACGAUCCCUUUUUCGUUCAUUCCCACCAUAUUCGCUCCUACAGUCGCCCUGGUGCUAUCAACAUCAUCAUCUUCUGUCAUGGUUUCAAUAAACUAUACUCUCCAAACCCGGUACUAUACUCUGCAGACCCGGAGGGACACGAACUCCAUCACAUUCUAAAUUUGGAGGCCAGAAUGAUAUAUAGUCCGCAUCAGCUGGUUAACGGCUUGGUUCGUAUCGAAGACUGGAUAUGGAAUCCUAGCACACGAGAAUGCAUAGACAUUCCUCCCAUUAGCGUUACCGUGACUUUACAAUACAGGCGGCGGUUGAAAUUAUAUCCAGAAUACUUCUUAGGGUAUGAUCCUUCCACUAUGAAAUACAAAGUCCUUGGCAGAUGCCAUAUUACUACUAAAAGAGGCUACCGAAGAGGCUAUCGGGUGGAUGGGCCAAUUGAGUACAAGAUUUUGACGCUUGGCAGCAACUCAUGGAGAGAUAUUGUUGAUGAUUCUAUCCCGCAACAAUUGAAUGUGAAUGAAUUCGAAUGUGAUGCUAGCACUUGUUACAUUGACGGUGUUAUAUAUUGUCUAAAUUCUCUACAUAGGUAUCCCAAUGAAAGUUCUGGGGAUGAACAGGAUGAAAAUAUUAUAUUGGCUUUUGAAGUGGGACCCAAGAAGUUUCGAGCCAUGUCUCUUCCUUCUGGCAAUAAAUAUGGCUCUUCAUUACUACAAGUUGGAGAAAAUUUGGCUGUAAUGGAUAAGAAGUUGACGACAAUUUGGAUUUUAGAAGAUUACGAAAAACAACUAUGGAACAAAGAAAGUCUCGUAAUUAUGUAUGAGGGGAUGCCACUAAUAGAUGAUGAUGGGGCGAUGAAGCUACCAAUUGGUACCAUCCAUACAGGGACCUACCUAUUUGGGAGUGCACUACCCUUUUGUUAUGGCCACGGGUCUAAUGAGCCCUUAUUGUGUGGACGUGAUCAGGGAUCAUCUGGGGAGUAG